CUUGCGAAGAACGAAAUCCCGUCAACUCCUACACGACCAGCCAUGAUAUGACAGUAUCCUCCUGGGUCUCGCAGACCCAAAGAUGGCCGUCCCUGAGCCAGCCUUCACCUUCACAAUCCCCUCCAUCCACGACGACACGCCGCUCGACUGCAGAAUCUACCACCCUGCAGCACUCCUCGACGCGCCCGCCGCAGGUUCGCAUAGGUGGACCAAGAGCGGAACGGUGAUAGCGCAUCCGUACGCUCCUUUAGGCGGUAGCUACGACGACCAUGUUGUCGGCAUGGUGGCCGACGAGCUGUUGAAGGAGGGGUUUGUGGUGGGCACGUUCAACUUUAGAGGAGCUCAUCACUCAAAAGGCCGCACGAGCUGGACCGGGAAACCCGAACUCGACGACUACAUCUCCUUCGCCGGCUUCCUAAUCCACUACCUCGACCUCCUCCAGCUCCAGUCACCCCCUCCCGUUUCCAAACCCACAAUGCCCUCUGCAUCUAGAUCUCCUAUAUCGCCCGAGAAACUCCCGUCCAAACCAAAAGAAAACCUCCCGGAGAAAGCCCUCAUCCUCCUCGCCGGCUACUCCUACGGCUCCCUAAUAACCAAACACCUCCCCCCCACCGCCCAACUCCUCUCCCUCUUCUCCCGCCCCACCCCCGGCUCCGCCGCCGCAGAGAUCCUCCUCCGCGCCCACACCCUCGCCGCCCAGUUCAACCGCGAGCUCGCCGCCGCCCACCAGUCCGCGAAAAAGCACAGCCACGAGCCGCACCCGGUGAAAAUGGGCGGCGAAGAAACACCCCCCGACCUGCGGCGCUCGAGCCGCGAAGUGCGCCGCUCCUCCGAGCACGCGCGGAGCUUCGAGCUGCCGCACGGCAUGCGCUCGCUGUCCCUGCGGCGGAAGCGGGGCGCGUCGCAGCAGUCGCAGGAGAACGGGCUAGCAGUGAUCGAGUCGCGCGUUUCCGCGUCCACUGCCCCCUCUCCUGCGCCCAACCUCAAACAACGCGAGAGCGAGAACGACGCGCGCCCGGCGACGAGCACGGCGUAUCUGCUUAUCUCGCCGGUUCCACCGCCGCUGUCGACGCUCAUGAUCCCGGGUAUUGGGCAUAAGUUCUGGAAUAAGCAUAAGGAGCACCAGGGCGAGACGAUUGUGCAGCGGCCUACGCUGGCGCUGUUUGGCGAUGCGGAUGGGUUUGUAGCGGUGCGGAAGUAUCGGCAGUGGGCGGCGAAGCUAGCGGCGGAGCCGGGGUCGCGGUUCGAGUACGGGGAGGUUGGCGGCGCGGGGCAUUUUUGGCAUGAGGAGGGGGUGGAGGGGAAGCUGAGAGAGAACGUGCAGAGGUGGGUUGGGGGGUUGGGGCGGGAUUAGAGGUUAGAAAAAGGAUGGGAUGUGAAGGUAGGAUAGAUACAUCGCAAACUUCUAAGAAGAAAGCCAGGCCAAGAGUAAAACAUGCAAUGCAACAUUCCAAAAGAAAAACCGGGUCAAGAGUAAAAGGCUGUUUUUCGUUACUGCAUGUUGUAGUGUCGCAUAUCCUGUGCUGUGUCAAAUAACCCCCAGCAUAUCCCGAUCAACUGACCCUUCGCUCGCUAUGCAACCUACCCAACCCAAUGUCAUUCCCAAACUCAUAAAGUAUGCAUAAUAACCUCCUAUCCUACAAUAAAAUACCUUCUAGCCGUAUCAAGCACCUAGCACCCCUCGCCCUUGAUA